AUGUCUCUCUUCGGUAUUUUCAGCGGCCCUUUCGAGAAGACUCCCACACCGGCUGCUGCCCAGUCAACUACGGCGGAAAAGCCCAAGCCAUGCUGCGUCUGCAAAGAAGAGAAGACGGCUCGGGAUGAUUGCAUGCUGUUCUCGAAGUCCGACGACCCGACGCAGGAGUGUAAGUCCAUGAUCGAUCAGUACAAGUCCUGUAUGGCAGGGUUCGGUUUCAAGGUCUAA